AUGCCUCUUUCGUCGCAGAUUAACCGGGCCCGGCCGGCGUUUUUCGAGUGCAUCCAACCAGUGGAGCAGACGAACAUCGAUAUUGUUGCAAUUCCAUCCAUCGGGGCCCAUCCCCGGAGUUGUUGGACUCCCCAAGGCGCUCAGUUACCAUGGUUGGAGUCCGAGCUGCUCAAGCGCAUACCCCGAGCCCGCGUGCUACUGUAUAGUUACGGCCAGAUCUCUGAGCGAGAUAGCAUCGAGGCGCUAGGCCAGCGACUGCUGAACCUCCUCAUGCAUGAACGCCGCCAUGAAAUCGAUCAGCGACCGAUCUUCUUUCUCUGUCAUAGCACAGGUGGCCUCGUUGUCAAGGCCUGUCUUGCUUUAGCAUCGCGAACCGAGCCGACCCAGGCGAUCUUGACGAGCUGUCAUGGAACCGCCUUCUUCGCGACUCCUCACCAAGGAUCGACUUAUCUGUCCUCGGAUGAAUAUCAAAAAAGCAUUCGUCGGUUGCUUUGUCUGGAGCAGGAACUGCCCCCGUCGCUCCGGGAACAAUUUCGCCCUCGGGAUGAACGACUCUGGCAUCUUUCCAACCAGUUCAAGGCUCUCUCGGCGGACAUGAAAGUCUGGUCUUUUCUUGAGACUGUGGACUCCACAAUGCAAGUGCAAGACCUGUACUCGAACAACUUUAUCGAGUUUCACGCUCCUAUUUGUUCCAUCCGAUCUGGCCUUCUCGUCAUUGAGCAUGAAAUCGAGAUCCCCGUGGGAACAGACCACGCUGGAAUAGCCUGUUUCGAAGGACAGGAUCAAGCCCUUGAGACCUUUAUGAACGAUCUGAAAGCUGCAGUGGAGACUGCUGUUGAGCUCUCCACGCGUUUUGACUACCAUCUGCAUGUCGAGGAUGAAGUAGCGGUCCAGAUCAAUGGGUUUUUUGAGGACAUAGCCUUGGGCGUGAGCGACGAGAGCCCUCUCAAGAUGUGGACCGCUCAAGUUUCACUCAAAGAGUACCUAGACUCGGGUCCCUCGGCUUGUCUCCGGGAGCGUCUUGAACGGUUUCGUCCCGGAACUAUGGAUGACUCGUCGCUGAGCAGUGUUGGUAGUCGAGUCAUUCCCCGCGAAGUCGUACAGAGACCCAUACAUGAUGAAAGUUCAAUUGAGGAAGAGCACAAAGGGUCUCAUGUUGAUGACGAGGAUGAUCAGAAACACAAUGAGAAUCAACCAGUAAGACCUCCUUUGGAGCACAGCCAAAGUGACCAAAGCAUUUUGGAUCCUCAUUUUCACUCUCCGAUCAUACACAUCACCAAGGCAUCCACGGAUGGACCUCUGGACACCCAAGUCAGUGAGAGCUCCCUGGCUACAAUGGUGCGACAAGGCAGAGGGGCAAUUCCACGAGCACUGAAUAUCGCCCGUCUCAGGGGUCCAAAACGUAAAGCAUCUGGAGAAAGCUCACGAGCAACUAGUUCUAGACCUACCUCAACCUCGGACUCAUUAACGCAAGAAUCAGACUUCUUGAAAAUUCCGUCUUCGACGAGAGAUCGCAUAACUCUCGAAGCGGAGCAAGCAGAUGUCCCUCGGUCGCUGCCAAGAUUUGAUAGACCCGAUCCUGGCACCGAGAAGCUGUUGUGGAUCCAUGUUCCCUACACGAACACUGCAUGGGUAUCACAGGUCAUCCGGCGGGCGUGCGAAGAUCGCGGGGAACCUACCUUUCUUCGUAAAUUCAUCAACGAUGAGAAUUGGUAUUUAAAUCUCAAUCGAGCUCGACACAAUGAGCCCCAUGCCCGUUUCGUGCGACCCAAGUGCAUUCAUUCGCGACAGAUGGAUGUCUCCUAUGGAGCAAGAGAAAGAAAUGAAGAAGACCCGCAACUUGCGCUAUAUACACCCUAUCUUCACUGGGACACGUAUCGGAACCUGAUCCAGCGACGUAAGGUCGUCGAAGAUCGACUACACCAAGGUCGAUCGAGACCGGUGCCAUUCCGCAUUGACAAGUCCAGUCUCGAAUCGAAACUCAUAUGGCAGUAUCUGGGAUGUGAGCCGCCAAUUCACUUCAGACGCACAUUAGAUCAGUUUGGCUAUCCCAACCUGCGGUCUACUGUUGCUCGUGAUGACGACCAGAUGCUGUGGAAACGGACCCGAAAGCCCGCCCGUAUCGACGACCAGCUGCGCGAAUACCUGGACGCAACCAGCGACGACCCCGAGGGUACUGAGCCGGCUCAAUUCAUGGACGGUAAUGUAUUGAUGGUUGAUCAGCUUUGGCUCUGGAUCGUGGAUCAAAAGACAAUCGUAACGUUCUUCCCGAAUCAGGAGGCGACGACCUCAGAGGGUAAGUUGUUCGAGCAAUCCAACCUACACAGCAGUAUCUAUAAUGAACUGAAUGGAGAUUUGGCUCGUCGAUUUGAGACGGCGGGGGACCUGGCUGCCUUGAUCAUGCUGCACGCUACGACCGUGCUUUUAGACAGGACUUUGCACCGGGACCUGCAAGUCUUGCGCAUCUUCGAGGAGUCAAUCAGUAUACUUACUGAAUCCGUGACCAAAUCAUUCAAACGCUUUCGUAACCAGGGGUUCGUCCAGGGUCCUGCCGAUUUUGACCGGAAUGCACAGGGCAAGAAUAUGACAGCCGCAGAGCGCGAUGCUAGAGAUCGCCGUACUGCGCGGCGCAACCGCGACGACCUGUCCGUUCUCCUUGAGCUGCGCGACAUUGAAGAUGAACUCGCGACUAUCCUCAAGCUUUUGGACCAACAGGACACGGUCAUCAAAAGUAUGAUCAAGUACUUUGACCAAGAUGGUUGUGGAAAGGUCUUUCUUGACGCCGCACAGAUGCGGAUUGACGAGUAUCGGACGCAGAUUGGUGAAAUGAAAGAGAAUAGCCAUUUGGCACAGAAGGCGGUGGAGACCUUGCUGGAUUUGAAGCAAAAGCAAGCCAACGUCGAUGAGGCAAAGAUGGCUCGCUGGGAGGCGGAAGAGACGCAGAAUCAAUCCCGCUCCUUGAUGAUCUUUACGAUCUUCACGGUCAUAUUUCUGCCACUCUCCUUCUUCACGUCUCUGUUUGGUAUUAAUGCCCGUGAAUGGAGCGGUACGCCGGAGAAUCUGAGCCUGGCUGAAAUGUUUGAAAUUGGCGCCCCGGCUUCCUUUGCCAUCAUCGCCAUUGCUCUCCUUCUCGCAUUCAACGAGAGUCUCCGACAGAUGGUCGCCAAAUCCAAUAAGAUCGGCCGAGGACUCCUGGCAGACUUUGUCUCCAGCCCAGUCAAGAUGCUGCUGCAUUGGGAAUCCGUCAAGGGAAAACUUCCCACUGUGCUGCCUGCAGAAGACUCGACGAUGCGGAAACGUUUCGACCAGUACCUCGGGUAUAACAACCGCCGGAUGCAGAUUGUGGAUGACUUUUGGCAGCGUCGACAAGUAGAUCGAUCUCCAAUCGAGGAGCUGGAACGGCGGCAAAGGAAACGGGUCAAGUCCAUGUCUGCUGCGAAUGGAUGGGGAGCGGAGUUUUCUGAGAAGUUACGACGAGUCAGCGAGGGGGUCUCCAGUCAUGUGUGA